AGCGGCAUUUUAAUAAAACCGGCUGUGUAUUAAUUAUUUAUCAGCAUUCCACGAAAAGUACUCGCUGUUUAAUUGUUUGACCAGGGCGUGAGCUCACACUUGAACCGGGGUGGCAGCACCGCCAAAUUAUUGGUUGAGAAAGCAGAAGGAGGAACGGAACGGGCCUGAAAAAAUCGUAAAAACUACGAAAACUUACAAGUGCGGGGAUAGAGCGGAAAGCUGUUGCACGUCGGACAAUUAGGACACACUGGACUAACACUUCCACCGCCAGGAUCGAGAGAUUGUUGCAGCAGCGCUCUGCGAACGGUGGUGUAAGCAUAAUAGAUAAAAUCCAGCCGAUCGAAAGCCGCCAAAGGAAGUGCCGCCCACGCCACCAGCAGCAUCGGCCAGCGCCAAAAACAUCAGCAGCAGCAGCAACAACAACGUAGUGGUAGUAACCUUCGAGCGCUCGCAGUAGUAAACAAAAGGCAACUAACAAAACAAACUUUUGGCAACAUGGACGUGUUCCUCAUGAUCAGAAGGCAGAAGACGACGAUUUUCACGGAUGCCAAGGAGAACACGACCGUUGCCGAGCUGAAACGUAUGAUUGAAGGUAUUCUGAAAGUACAAGUCGUCGAUCAGCGGCUAUACAAUCAGGACAACGACAUAAUGGACGAUGACAGCACGUUGCAGGACUACGGUGUGACAGUCUCCACGGCGAAGGCACAGUCCCCAGCGCAGCUGGGCUUGACAUUCAGAAACGAUAUGGGCGACUUUGAGACACUCGAUAUGACACCAUACUCAGCACCGCCCGACUUACCCGAAGUGAUGAAAAACCAGGAAGCCUCAAACGGACAGGAGGCAGUUGCAUAAAAUAGAAUCCAAACCAUAAAUAACAUCCAUCAUGAGAAGCAGCAACAGUAGCAGCAUCAACAGUAACAGGCAGACAUUGAGAGCAGCUAUCCCCCCUGCUAUCCGUUGCAUGCGAGGGAUAUAACUUGUCUUCACACCACAAACAAAUUGGGGGAUCUACUAUCAGAUCUAGAUCUACGCUGUGGCUCUCGCUUGUCCCAUACAAAUAUACAAAAAACAACAAAAACAAAACAGAACCGAAGAGUCAACGCUCGAUGCAAUGCAAUAUGUUUCGAAUUGUACUACGAUUUUUACUCUCUCUCUCUCUCUGCCUGGUCAAAUAUCUAAAGAAACCGCAUUAACAACAAGAACACAACCAACAUCUGCAGCCACAAUAGCUAAAUAUGCAUUUUUGUUCGUUGUUUUCUUUUUAGCAAGGAACAAUUUGAUUCUAAUACAAAAUUAAUUGUACUUUGGAAUGGGAUUUAAAAUUAUCGGCUUUAACCUUUAUCCACAAUUUAUUUGUUUCUUUUUUUAUGGAAUUUAUACGAAUUUGUUGAAGAAAAAAAAAUACACGAAAGUCAUAAAAAAAUGCUAUUACAAUCCUCAAUCCUCGAUCCUACGGAGUCAGAAAAGCAGUGAAAAGCGGUGAAUAUU